UGGAAAUUCCCCCCUUCUUCUUCUUCUUCUUCUUCUUCUCUUCGCCGCGGCCAUGGUGGUUCCUCUGUGCGUCCUCCUCCACAUUUGCAUCGCCGUCAAUCCACCAGGCAGCAGCACUCCCGGGAGUGGGCUUGAUCAAAUCGGUGUGAACUAUGGCCGAAUCUCGGACAACAUCCCCUCCCCAAACCAGACGGUGGCGCUUCUCAAAUCCAUGAACGUCCGCCUCGUCAAGCUCUUCGAUGCCAAUCCCCAAGUCCUCACUGCCCUCUCCAACAGCUCCAUUCGCGUCACGAUCAUGGUGCCCAACGAGAUCAUCGGCGCCGUGGCCUCCUCCCAAUCCAGCGCCGACGACUGGAUUGCCCAGAGCGUCCUGCCCUACUACCCCAGCACCCAGAUCAUCGUCAUCGUCGUCGGCAACGAGAUCUUCUCCUAUCCAGCCCUCGCCCAGACGUGGCAGCAGCUCAUGCCCGCGAUCGAGAACCUCCACCGCGCGCUCCAGAGCCACAACCUCGACGAUCGCAUCAAGAUCACUACCUCGGUCGCGGGGGACGUGCUGGCGGCGUCCUACCCCCCAUCCGUGGGGAGAUUUCGCCCGGACAUCCGCGACACCGUGCUCAAGCCCUUGUUAGGGUUCUUGCGGACAACGCGGGCGCCAUUCUACAUCAAUCUCUACCCCUAUUUCGCGUGGGCGGGCAAUCCGGUCAACAUCUCCCUGGGCUACGCGCUCUUCGAUCCCGCCGCCACGGUCGUUCCCGAUGGCAAGCUCAGGUACACGAAUCUGCUCGACGCCAUGACGGACGCGACCUUCUCGGCGAUGGAGGAUCUAGGGUUUGACGAUGUGGAGCUCGGAAUCAGCGAGACGGGGUGGCCGAAUGCCGGCGAUGAGAACGAGAGGGGCGCUACGCGAUCGAACGCCGCGACCUACAAUCGCCGGCUAGUGAGGAAGGUGAUCGAGGGGAGAGGGACACCAAAGAGGCCUAACAGCGCCAUAGCGACUUUCAUCUUCGCACUCUACAACGAGAAUCUCAAGCCCGGGCCUGGCACCGAGCGGCAUUGGGGGCUGCUCUACCCGGAUGGGCGGCCGGUUUACAGCAUCGAUCUCACGGGCAGGCUCUCGGAUUCGCAGUACGAGGCGGUGCCAGAGCCCAUGUCGGUUGCGGUCGUGAAUUCUUCCUCGUCUUCUUCUUCGUGGUGCGUCGCCAGGCCGGAUGCUGAUACGAGCUCUCUCCAGAGAGAGUUGGACAGGAUUUGCAGCCAGAAUCCCAGUGACUGCGCUGCGAUCCAGGACGGGCAGUCGUGCUUCUAUCCCAACACGAUCAUCGCGCACGCCUCCUACGCUUUUAAUCGUCGCUGGAUCCGAGAGAAUCAGUGCUCUUUCUCGAGCACGGCGGCUCUAACGAAGAUCAAUCCAAGCUAUGGAUCUUGCAUCUUCCCCUCGUCGAAUUGAUAUUGAUUUGACAACACGUAUAGCUACAAUACGUUACGAAUUCGCCUGUACACACCGACAAAAAGCAUCGAUCGAUCGCCAUCGUUUUCGUCGUGCUGCUGCGUUUUUUCCAAGCCACGCAGCUCCGCCGCCGCCAUUUGGAGAGGGAAAAAAAGGAAAAGGAUCUCCUUUUGGUGAUUUCGCGUGCGUGCGUGUGUGUGUGUGAGUGUUGCGUUGUGGGUGCGUAGGAAAAAAAAUUCGCAAAUGGAGGUUCUAUGCGUACAAUUAAAGAACUUCCGGUCUUCCCAAAAGUCUUGGGUCACAUCAAAUGGAAGAAACUUCUAAA